UGUCGGCCAAAAGAAAAAUCGUAGGCCUACUGACAGAAGUUGACAACAUUAUACUUCUCUCCAUAAUCAAAUCAUUUCAUUUAAUAUUCCUUUUUCAUUAAUCAACAAAUUUUUUUCCUUAAAAAAAUCGUAAUUAAUUUUUCGGUGGAGAUGAACAAAACUCGACCUGGUGGUAAUUGACAUGCUUUGCUUUCCACUAAUUUCCUUGGAAAUCGAAAGAAGAGAGAAUUGAAAUGGUGUUGAACAGCAGAGUGGUGGCGAAAGUGGCGAACGUAUCAGCGAAUGUAUGGCAAUACAUAGCUUGUAAUCCAGAGACACUCAGCAGCCACCAAGUCUUGGAUCUUCUCUUCUGCCUCCCUCUCCGCCACCUCCGCCGCCUCGCCCUUUCUCUCUUCUCUCCUUCCCAUCCACACCUCUGAUCAUCUUCUUUCCUUUUCUUUUCUAAAUAACAUCCAAAAUUAGCUCAUUUUCUUGUCAAUUUCGAAAAAUAUAUCAAAUUGUGGCUGCAGUUGUUCUAGAUAUGUACAUAUUUUGUUAAAAUAUUUACUUGGGUUUCUUCAAAAAAAAAAACAAAAAAAAAAAAGCAAAUAUUUACUUGGGUGCCAAUAUAAACCUAAGGAGAGUUAUUUCCUUUCCGAGUUUCAUUGAGAGUAGAACUAAAAUGGGUACUUUAAAAGCGGUGGCUCUCAUCAGUGGAGGAGAUGGUAGCACCAUUAGAGGCUCUCUUCAAUUUAUCCAGGACUCCACCAAUGGACUCACUCGUGUGAAAGGAAGGAUAACUGGGCUCACUCCAGGUCUUCAUGGCUUCCAUAUUCACUCCCUUGGUGAUACCACCAAUGGUUGCAACUCCACAGGACCCCAUUUUAAUCCUUUGAAGAAAGACCAUGGAGGUCCAUUAGAUAAGGAGCGUCAUGCUGGAGAUCUGGGUAACAUUGUUGCAGGCCCAGAUGGAGUUGCCGAGGUUUCAAUAAAGGAUUGGCAGAUUCCACUCAAUGGACCCAAUUCAAUUCUUGGGAGGGCAGUUGUUGUGCAUGCUGAUCCUGAUGAUCUUGGCAAAGGUGGACAUGAACUUAGCAAGUCAACUGGAAAUGCAGGAGCAAGAGUUGGAUGUGGUAUUAUUGGACUUCAAUCAUCUGUUUAAGCCUUUUUUUUUCAAGAUAACAUAUAUAUAUUCCUUCAUAAAAUGCUUGAAUGUAACUUGCUCAUACUAUAUGUUUGAAUAGUUUACUCUCUCUUGCACUUUUUUUC